AUGUCUGCUCCAUGGCCUUUUACAGCUUGGGGGAUGGAUGUGAUCGGGCCAAUUGAGUCGAAAGCGUCCAAUAGGCAUAGGUUCAUUUUGGUGGCCAUCGAUUACUUUACAAAGUGGGUGGAAGCAGUAACUCUCAAGUCGGUGACUAAAAAAGCCGUGGUGGAUUUCGUUCAUUCCAACAUCAUUUGCAGGUUCGGAAUCCCAAGGACAAUGAUUACAGAUAAUACGGUGAAUCUCAACAGUCAUUUGAUGCAUGAGGUAUGUCAGCAGUUUAAGAUUACACAUUGGAAUUCAACUCCAUAUCGUCCGAAGGCAAAUGGGGCUGUGGAAACUGCUAAUAAGAAUAUUAAAAAGAUACUCUGCAAAAUGGUGCAAAGUUCGAGACAAUGGCAUGAAAAGUUGCCUUUUGCUUUAUUGGGUUAUCGCACAACUGUUCGCACUUCAGUAGGUGCAACUCCUUAUUUGUUGGUAUACAGGACCGAAACGGUUAUACCUGCAGAAGUUGAAAUCCCGUCCCUUCGAAUCAUUGAGGAAGCUGGAAUUGAUGAUGAUGAUGAGUGGGUCAAAACCCGUUUAGAGCAAUUGAGUCUGAUUGACGAAAAGAGAUUAACAUCGGUAUGUCAUGGUCAACUGUAUCAAAGGAGGAUAGCAUGA